ACCAAAACGUGGACAAACUUUUCGUGCGACAUUCUUCUCUCGCGGUUUCGUCCUGCCCCUGCGACGCGCAUCCCGCCCGGCUCUCUCUUCCGCUCGGAGCCCCGCUCCCAAAUCCGCCUCUCCUCGCCGCCCCCUCCGUCCCUCCCAGAUCCGCGUCGACGCAGAGCCCCCCCUCCCAGAUACUCCUCGGCCCUCCCGUAUCCUGCUCGGAGCCCCGCUCCCAAAUCCUCCUCGGCGCCCCCUCCCAGAUCCUCGUCGACGCUCCCCUCCCAGAUCCUCCUCGGCGCCGCCUCACCAACCCACGUUCGCCCGCAGAAGCCACCGCCGUCACGUCGUCUCUCCCCUCUGCAAUCUCCUCUGCUCGCCCUCACCCUCACAGUGGGACGGGGCAAAGCGGCGUUUGAAGUGUCGGACCCAAGAUCUACGCGUCUCAAGUUGAAGUGAUGCGGCGGAUGCAGCGUCUUAGGGCAUCAUCGAUAGGGUGGUGCUAGAGGCAUCGUAUACCCGCCGGCGGCGGCCAACACCCACCAGUUCAAGAGGCUGAACCUGAAGAAAAAUUAUUGGAGAUAAUUUACAUCAGUGUCAGCACCCAAACCGGAACUUCUUACCAUCCAUAUCAACUGUUAGGAGGGCCUGGAGUGUUGGCCUGACCAUACUACCAGAGAGCUGGAACAUCGCCACCAAGGUCCACUACCACGCCGCCAUCGAGGACCAAUGCCACAUCCGCUCAACCAUUGCUGAUACCAGUCGCUGCCGUUGCUGAGGGUGUCGCCGUGAGGGGAAGCUGCGCCAUCACAGAUUGCCAGUGGGGAACAAACAAGACCUAGGAGUGGCGACGACAUCGCGUAAGCCGAGCGGUAGCGGCAACACGCAUUGUUGACGAGCGUUGAAGGCCACGCAUAGGCACCGAGAUUAUAAGAGCUAGAAAACUACUAUUGGAGGACUCCAGUAUAAAACAAUAAAGAUACUAUUAGCUUGUUCAUCUAAGCAAAGAGAGAAAGCAAGGAGGAAACAGUUUGCAUUGCUGUUAUUUAAGCUACUUUGCGCACUUGAAGUUGUCAAGUUGGUCGAAGGGCAGCUUGUCUUGUCAGGUUAGCACAUAAGGCAAUCGAACCACUUCCAAAGAGCCAAGGAAGAGAUUGUUCAUAAUGGAACCUAUACAAAACAAUGAAGGUCGUACGCCAUUUGCAGACUUGACAAACUCCAUUAAUGGAGCUGUUCAUACAACAUCAAAUUCACAAGUGCAAGCUGAUGAACGUGUGCAACGUAAAAGGGAAAGAGAAAAGGCAAGACAUGCAACAAUGACUCAAGAACAAAGGGAUGAAAAAAAUAAAAAACGUAGAGAAAAAUAUCAUCAAAAAAAGGCAGAAACUUCACUAGCUGCUGGGUCCAGAGGUCCACCGUAUUCUAAUUUUCCGUUUUUGAUUUUUGUAUUACCAUUUUUUUCGUUUAUGUGAGACAUAGUAUUGUAUAUCACCUACUUGUAUUAGUCAUUUGUUUGCUUAUUUAGAAUAUAAUUAUGUUGUACCAGAUGGAUUUAAAUCAACCACGGAAAACACCAAUGGCUAUGAAGAUAGUGACUGGCUACAUCGAGACAAUUCAUAUAAACCCAUGCCGAGUGAUAAAGAAAACACAUAUAAUUACUCCGAUAGAUGUGUAGAUCAAAGUGGCAUGCUUGACUUGACUGCUGCAUCACCUGAUCUAAACCCAGGUACAUUAUUUUUUUUAUUAAUGUUAUCUAUUUGAGAAGAAAAAAUAGAGUGGCCAACCCAAUUGCCAUUCAUGACAAUGUAACACGGAAUUAAUGUACCUCUAUAAUAGAUUGGAAAUCAUACUUUUUUUUAUUAUAUAUAGGUGUUGUCAAUACAUCCAGUCCCAUCAAGGACAUUGUCACGUGUCUAAAAGAGCGUAAGCGCGAGCUAGAUAGAGCACGAAGGGCUGCAAUGUCUCCUGAACAAAAGGUGCUAAUAAAUAAGAGACGACGUGACUCGUAUGCGGCAAAAAAUGCACGGAUAGCCGCUGCAAGAAAACUGCAAAUGACUCCACAAGAAAAGAAGGAGAAACGAAAAGAGAGCAAGAAAAACUACAAUAGGAUGGUGAGGGAAAAUCGGUCCAACAGUUUGCAUCUGGACUCAAUUGCUAUGGAGAGCCCUCACUUCAACCCUCAAAUUGUUUUCCGUGCUUCACCUCAAUCGCCUGAAGCGCCUUUAGAUGAUAUGGAAAUACCUGAAUUCGGUGGCACGCCUGUCCACAUUGCACCAACUGUAGUUCAAAAUCCAGAAGUCGAGACCCCUGAAUUGGUAGCGGCACAGACCAUACAUAGACAUCGAGUGACCAAUGGCGAGAGAAAUGCCCUUCUAUCCCGUCGCAAUCGGGUUUUUGAAGCAAACAUUGGAGGAAGGGCUAGAGGGUGUGCGGAUGGAAAAUGCAACGAUUCGAACGGACUGACUCAACCGAGUGUUGUUUGCAACGAUGGUGUCACCCAACAAACUCCAAUUCAAGCACCUAAUAAUUGUAUAGGCACACAAACACAACCGUCUGUAGCUGACGGUACCUCUUCAAUGCCUCCAUAUAGUGCACAAGAUCAUACAUCAGACUCUAUGGUCGAGGAUGACUAUGACGAAGAUGUCAUAUUUGAGGAGGACGAGGAAGAGGAUGAGGCAUACUUUUUCGCCGGUCAAGAAGACGAGGAUGAGGGAACCGAUGUCGACACAUAUGAGCAAGAGAAUCAUGAGCCUGAUGUCCCAGAUCCAUAUGACCGGGUCUAUGCUAAUGUCCCAUCAGAGUCGCACAUGUUACCCUCGGUGCCGAACUGCAAGCACUGUAACGCAAAGAAAUUUGAUGGCGAACCCCCCGGAUUCUGUUGUAGGGGUGGAAAGAUUCAUCUUUCAAGUCCUGAGACACCACCAGAGCUCAUGAGGUUGUGGUCAAGCUCGGACGCUGAUGCUAGGCACUUUCGUGCAAACAUCAGAUACUUCAACGGCCACUUCUCUUUCACGUCUUUGUACUGCCACCUGGAUCGUAUCACCACUAACAUGCGAAUCUGUGGUGUCUACACAUUUCGUGCCCAUGGUCAGAUUUACCAUAACAUACGAUCAUUUGGUAAAGAGGAGGGUGUCGAAAAAAGACACCUCGAACUUUAUUUUUAUGAUGACGACCCAUCCCUCGAGCAUCGCAUGAGCAAGUGUCGUGAGCAAUGCGCCCAAAAAGAUAGAGAAGUUAUACAACAAUUGGUUGGGAUCCUUGAAGGGAAUCCUUACUCUCAGCAACUAAGGAGUAUGGGUCAUGUUGAAAACCUCGAGGAUUACCGAGUUGAGCUGAACCUUGACCAACGCCUUGAUCAAAGAACAUAUAAUGUGCCGUUGACAUCAGAGGUGGCCGCCGUAUGGGUUGAGGGUAGUGAGCGUCAUGGCCAAUUCGAGCAUAGUGUUCUCCUCCAAGGGAAGGAUCGGUCUAUACAUGGCAUCCGCUCAUAUAAUGCAUGCUACGACUCACUAUCAUACCCGUUGUUCUUUCCAAAGGGUGAGCUCGGGUGGCACAAUUGCAUUCCAAAAGUGGGUGUAACUAUGGCUCAAAUUGAUCGAGCUCGAGCAACCCGUAAAAGGCGUGCUGAGAAUGGUGACGACGAUGGAGGUAAAUUGAUCUUUUUUCAAUUAUGCAAAGUAAACUCUUUCUGCAAACUCAUGAUACUAAUUCAAACAAUGUCUCUCUUAAAGUAUUUGUUCAAGUACAUAUACAAGGGACAUGAUAGGGCAUCAGUUGUGAUGAGGGAGACCGACAAAGAGGACGGGAAAGGAAACAUUGAUGAGAUCAAACAGUAUAGAGACGCCCGUUGGGUGACGCCUCCAGAAGCACUAUGGAGGAUAUAUGGCUUCGACUUGAGCAAGAACCAUCCGCCAGUACAGCAGCUGCAACUUCAUCUACCCGACAUGCACAUGGUGGCAUUUCAUAAACGGGACAAGGUCGAAAAGAUCGUUAAUAGGCCAGGUGUAGAAGAGUCAAUGUUGACAGCAUACUUCGAUGCAAACAGGCAUGAUGAGGAAGCUCGCAAAAUCUUAUAUCGAGACUUCCCAGAGUAUUUUACCUGGCAGUCUGAUGGUAAAUUCUGGCAAAAAAGGAAAAACUCUGUUUUCCAAAUUGGUAGAGUCAUCUCGGCCCAUCCUGCCGAGGGUGAACGCUACUUUCUUCGUGUUCUCUUGAACAAUGUUGUUGGUGCUACCUCAUAUGAACACCUCAGGACAAUUGAUGGGGUGCUACUACCUUCGUUUCGUGAAGCUGCAGAAAGGAGGGGUCUAAUCGAAGAGGAUAAUACCCUAGAUGAAUGUCUAACGGAAGCUACUUUGUUCGAGAUGCCUAGCUCUCUAAGAAGGCUAUUUGCAACAAUAUUGGUAUUCUGUGAACCGCAUGAUGUGAUGGGGUUGUGGACAAAACACUACGAUGCAAUGUCAGAGGACUAUAGCCGCAAUAAUCCAUCCUCAGAUCUCGUGCAACAAAUGGUUUUGAUAGACAUUAGAAACAUGUUGCAGUCUAUGGGAAAGGACAUAAGGUCAUUUCCUCUUCCAGAUAUUGAUCACUCAUAUGAUGAUGCCAGCCAUAUACCUCGUGAGAUAUUUGAGGAAGCUAGCGUUGAGCAGAAUCCUCAAGAUGUGCUAUUGUGUGACUCACUCAACGUCGAGCAAAAGUCUGCCUACAAUGAGAUAAUGGCAGCUGUCUAUAGCAAACAAGGUGGGCUAUUCUUUGUGGAUGGACCUGGUGGGACAGGAAAGACAUUUUUGUAUAGGGCACUGCUCGCAAAACUACGUAGCCAGGAUAAGCUUGCCGUUGCCACAGCUACAUCUGGGGUCGCAGCGGCCAUAAUGCCAGGUGGGAGGACAGCCCACUCGCGUUUCAAGAUACCCCUAACUCUUCAAGAGGGCGGUUGUUGUAGCUUCACGAAACAGAGUGGUACUGCCAAGUUGUUGCAGCAAGCAGCUCUCAUAAUUUGGGACGAGGCAUCUAUGACAAAGAGGCAAAAUUUGGAAGCACUAGACAAUAGCCUACGUGAUAUCAUGGGUCGAUCACACCUACCCUUUGGUGGGAAGACUGUUGUCCUUGGUGGGGAUUUCAGACAAGUCCUCCCUGUUGUGCGGAAAGGAUCUAGGGCUCAAAUAGUCGGUGCUUCUCUACGAAGGUCGUAUCUUUGGGAAUCCAUGCGCCACCUAAAGCUCGUUCGCAACAUGAGGGCUCAGAGUGAUCCGUGGUUUGCGGAUUAUUUGUUGCGCAUUGGUGGUGGAACGGAAGAGGUUAACGGAGAUGGCAAUGUUCGUAUUCCAGAUGAGAUCUGUAUCCCGUACUCUGGUGAUGCCGAGAAAGAUCUUCAUAGUCUGAUUGACAGCAUCUUCCCAAAUCUGAAUGCAAACAUGGCGGACAAAGACUACAUCACCACCAGAGCGAUUUUAUCUACACGCAAUGAUUGGGUGGACAUGAUCAAUAUGAAAAUGAUUGAUAUGUUCCAAGGUGGUGAGACGGUGUAUCAUAGUUUUGACACCGCGGUAGAUGAUCCACAUAAUUACUAUCCAUCGGAGUUUCUUAAUAGCCUGACCCCCAACGGGCUGCCACCACAUGUCUUGAAGCUCAAGCUCGGGUGUCCUGUCAUAUUGCUUAGGAAUAUUGACCCCGCCAAUGGGUUAUGCAAUGGUACAAGGUUGGUGGUACGGGGGUUCCGAAGAAAUACAAUCGACGCUGAAAUCGUUGUCGGGCAGCAUGCUGGGAAGCGGGUAUUCCUUCCUCGAAUACCGUUAUGCCCGUCUGAUGAUGAGAUGUUCCCAUUCCAGUUUAAGAGAAAGCAGUUUCCUAUCAGGCUGAGCUUUGCCAUGACGGUCAACAAGUCACAGGGCCAAACCAUCCCGAAUGUGGGUGUGUACCUGCCUGCACCGGUCUUCUCUCACGGCCAGUUGUACGUUGCGAUGUCUAGAGCCACAUCAAGAACAAAUAUUAAGAUCCUGGCCCUACCAGCUGAUGCAGAGGCACAAGAGGAGGAGGCAAAAAAUAUAGAGAAGAAAAAUGCUAAAAAAAAUACCAUGGGAAAAAAGCCUAAGAAUGUGUUAUUAAAUAAAAAAGAUAAGGAUAAGAAGACCCUAACAACGGAUGGAACUUUCACAAAAAAUAUUGUAUAUAAGGAGGUCCUAACGCCAUAGAUGAGGUAUUUUCAAUUGGCUUAUCAGACUCUACAGGGAGAUGUUCUAUACAUAUACUCAAAUGUGUGACAGGAUGGUAUGGAGAUGCGGCGAAACUUAUUUGUGGAUUUACUAGCGCACGAAAGAAAUGGAUAUCGAAGAUUUCUUCCUGCCGAUAUUAAACAUUAUCUUGGUCGUAUCACCGAAAGGUCUAUAAAGUAGAAUUUGUGACUUAUAACAUCAUGCUCUCCGUGACUAUGUUUGAGUUCAGAAACUUUGCUUCUUUAAGAUAAAUAUCACUUUAUAGCUGGUAUUUAAGUUUUAUUAUAAUAUUAUUAUCUUAUUGUGCGAUACGUGUAUUUUUAAUAAAAA